CCGAGAUUUUCAGUCGCUUUCAGCGUUUCCAACUAGUCAACCACGAUGGAGUUCCGCCUCGACGUAUUUUCACUUUUGAUUGCCUCUCUUGUUGCUUCAACUGUUGCUAUCCCGUCGUCGCUUAUGGACGAGAUCAAAUCCCGUGACGUCAAAAAUAAUAAAGUUAAACGGGCACAAUCAUCCGAGCAAAGCGCGGAAGACAACUCAAACAACCUGGACUAUUAUUUGAAGCCGACUGCCAUUAAACGAGGUGUCAACAUGAAAAUCCAAGGCACAGAUCUACCUUUAUCCGACUGGGAUAGAGAUCAACCCAUAUUUCGCGGCAAUCAAUAUAACAUGGACAACGUUCAGUCUGGUCUUUUCAAUUCACCGGACUUGUCCCCGGAUGACAAAACCCUGCUAGAUUACGAGAAAGCUUUUCGAUACGGAUCUAAUCGGGACAAACUGGAUGAAGCUUUAGAGAACGCUGUGUUGAAAAGCGAGCUUUAUGGCGAUCCGAUUAACCAAUAUAGGUAUUACGGACCCGACGAUCGAAGAAAGAAGAGAGAAGCAAGAAAAUUAAGGUUGAAAAGGAACAUUGAUUUGACUCCCGAAGAAGUACUGACACUUUUAACCUUAUAUGAGAACAACCGCCAGAGUCCAGAAACCGAGAACUAUCGACAACCUUGGACGCGAUACGGUAAAAACGCAUUCUUGGGCGACCAGUCUGACGAAGACAACAGCGAAGCUUGGUAUGACGUCCCAGUUUACCCCCACGCUACUAUGGAUAAUGAUUUUGGCCCCAAUUACAUACCAAACUACGACAAUAACGGGCAACAGUACGACAAGAAAAAGAGGUUUCUGGCGACGAAGAAACGCAGCAGCGAUCCUACCAGGAUGCUCCGCUAUUUGAACGGUCCGAACGAGAAUGACUUUAACACGCUGUCCAAGGUCCUUAAUAAUCAGAAGGACCAAUCAAAAUUUAACGUUCCAGUUUAUCGUCGUUUGGUGUUAUAAACAAAUUACGCAGUUUAAUCAUCUAUCCAGCAGGUACUGAUCGUCAUAAUUGCAUAUAUUUGUUGUGGUGGGUCAAAGCUUUUAAAAUAUAUGGAACCACUUUGGCCUAAAACGACAGUUAAACUUUAAAUCCAAAUUUUAUGAAUGUUACUCUUCAUGUAUUUUAAGUACGUACCUAUAUUUUUGUGACAAGUUUAUCGUUGUAUGAAUUUGGUGGGACUUCCUUAGCGAAUUAAGGCAUAAAUUAUAAAAUGUCAGUCAGUCAAGUAUCUUUUUAAGACUACGUGUUAACUAUUAUACACCUAUUAAAUGUUGGAUAUGCAGUAAAUAAAUGGAGCAUUAUUCUAUGUUU